UCGAAAAGUCGAAGUUUUGUCAGUUUGCUUGUUUACAAUACUUCGAUUUUCUAAUGUAGGUACAAUUUGAUAAUUGGUUUGAUUUUGUUCAGUCCUGCGUUUAAAUAAUUAUUAACUUUGGUCCUACGUGUCCUGCCAAAUUCUUACUUCUGCAGUUCCUUGAACAAGAAAUUAAAAUUUUAGUUCUUUUUUUUUGCUAUUUCUUAAUUUGAUUUGCUAUUUCUGAAACAGAAAAAUCUGAGGUUACCAUGAACAUCUACCAAUCUUUAAAGUUGUAUACUUAAAAUAAAGCUAUCUUGAAUGGUUCUGCAAAAAAAAUUAGUAUUCUUUUUUUUGUGCUUAUUAUAAUUACUGAUAUUUACAAUUACCAUAACAGAAUAAUACACUCUUUGGCUUCAAACAAGUUGUUAGAUAAUUGGGAAAAGAAAUGUCUGUUUGUCCUAGAAAGUAUUUAAUCAAAGACCUCAUAAAUAAACCUGCACCCAUAGAUGUCUGGUUGCAAGGAACUAUUGAACAAACAGUAGGAACAGAUAUUUUAAUAAUAUCAGACUCAUCAGGACGAGCAAAAAUAACGAAAUGUGAUACUGCCGAUGGAAUAAUUGAUAAAAAUUCUCUGAAGAAAGGAACAUACUGCUGCAUUCUAGGAAUAGCAAUCAAAACCAAAGGACUUCCAGAAAUACAUGCUACAAAAUUCAUAGAUUUAACUUUACAGACUCAUGUGAAGUCAUCUUGGGAGGACGAAGUCAAAGAAUGUAAUUUAUUUCUACAAGGGAAAAUAAUACCAAGUGUCUAAUAAAAAAAAGAGUUUGUAUAAAACUUGUAUAUUCCUUCACCUAUGUAAAAAUAUACAUUUACUUAAAACUAAUGGAAUUAACAGUUCAAUAUAAUUCUUAUAAAAUAAAAAUAAUAAUAACACAUUGCCCCAAUAAGUAUUCGCAAACACCCUCAUAAUAUUUUAGGACAUACACUUAUCCAUUGCACCAUAAUAAAGACAUUUA